AUGUUGGAGCUGACGCAGCACCUGCUGGAGGAGCGGGUUCAGGGGCCAGUCCAGCUUUCAUGGGAUCCCUUCCCCCUUCCCUCCCACGCAGGAGCCACGGCCCUGGAGUGCCACAGCUGCGUGGAGCGCGGCGAUGGGGGCUGCAGCCCAGAAAAGAUGAAGACGAUCUUGUGCCCAGACAACACCCACGUGUGCGCAGAAACCGUGGCAGCUGUGAAAUGGAGUGAGUGUAACUUCUCGCUGAGCCGCACCAUCAAGGGCUGUGUGCAGGACGAGGACUGCACCAAGGAGACACGGGGCAGCACGGCUGUUAGCCUGGGGGGCUCCUGCUGCUCCGGCAGCCUUUGCAACCGGGACCUGGCCAACAACCUGCCCAGCCCCCAACCCCCACUGACUGUGUCCCAUCCUGUCUCCCCAGGUAACUUCUCGCUGAGCCGCACCAUCAAGGGCUGUGUGCAGGACGAGGACUGCACCAAGGAGACACGGGGCAGCACGGCUGUUAGCCUGGGGGGCUCCUGCUGCUCCGGCAGCCUUUGCAACCGGGACCUGGCCAACAAGACCUUCUUUGCCCCCAUAAUCCCCCCGCUGGAGGUCAUACCUGUCCACGGGGCCAACGCCACGGCCACCAACGCCACGGCCGCCACUGCCACGGUCGCCACCGCCAAAGCCACUGCCAAAGCCACUGUGCCUGCCACGGCCAAGGCCACCACUGCUGCCACACCGCCGGGGUCUAUCAUUUCAAACAAAGACUGUUUCAAUGGAUCGCAGUUCCUGUUGGAAUGA